GCGCGUUUUAUGCAUAUUACGUUACUUUGAUCAUAGAUGUCCACAAUUCCAAGAGAAAAUAUAUGCUCAAAUUGUCUGAAACAAGCUGAUGUACAUCUAGUUUGUGUUGAAUGUAAUUGUGUGCAACUUUGCAUCAAUUGCUACUGCUAUGGUGCUGAGUCCGGGAUACACAAGAAAAAUCAUGCUUAUCGCAUUUCGAGGUUGAAUUUACUACCGCACUCUAUCCUUGAAGGUUGGAAUUCUGAUGAGGAACUCAGUCUCUUGGAAGCUUUAGAACAAUAUGGAAUUGGAAAUUGGGAGGAUAUAGCUUUAAAAGUUGGAACUAAAAGCUCCGACCAAUGCAUGUAUCAUUACUGUAAUCGUUAUUUGGGUGGAGUAUUUGGCAUGGAAUUAUUAAAUGAUAAUAAAUAUCCAUCUCGGAUUACAGAUCACACAAACCGUGUAGUUUUAUCACCCAUACAACCAUCACAUUCAUCAUUUAUUGAUAUUGAAGAUCAACAACUAUUAGGUUACAUGCCAAAUCGUGGUGACUUUGAAAGAGAUUACGACAAUGAUGCUGAAAGUAUACUAUGUAGAUUACAUCCCAGUUUUUCACAUGAUGACCUAGAGGAUGCUUUAAAAGUAGCACAAGUCAAUAUAUACAUGCAAAGAUUACGUGAACGUCAAAGACGUAAAGAAAUUGCUUGUGAACACGCUUUAAUCCCACAUAUUCUAGCAUUUAUUUUAAAUAAACGUAUAAAAAGACGUAUUCCUACAGUAAUGAAAAACAAUACACCUAUCAAACGUCAUGGUCGUCGUGGACGUCCACCAUCAAUCAUAACAACAAAUACACCACAGAGUAAAUUCAAUAAUAAUAAUAAAAUAACACCUACAAAAAAACUAACCAACACUAGCGAAUCGAUCAAUAAAAGUUCAACUAAAAAACCAUCUCCAAAUAGUUGGCUUGCUGCUCCAUUUAUUGUUCAAUCAUCUGGGCUGUCAAAAGGUGCACCAAUUGUAGUGAAUAUCUCAUCAAAUCUCCUGAGUGAUCAUAUUAUAUUAUCGACCACAUCGAAAAGCAUUAAUUCAUCAUUAUGUUAUCCUUUUAAGUAUGAAUCAAAAAAUUCAUUGGAUGAUUUUAAUGGAUUGUAA